GGAUACUAUAUAGUAAAGAAAAGAGAACUGCCUGGAUAUUUCGCUCUCAUCACUUUUCCUCAGGAAAAUCAAUCAACAGCAGCCAAAACAACCACCAACCAGCAAGGAGAAGACGCAGCCGGCGACACUUCAAUUCACACAGCAUACUCCUUGCACCAGCCACACCUUACACCAACUUACCAAGGCCACCCGAAGGGAGCUGAAAAGCCAAAAAGAAAAAGCCAAAAAGCAAAAGAGGACCUCCAUGACCACGCAUUGGGUUGCCGCACCGCAGAUAUAACAAACCACCUCCCGCCUUUUCUUCCCUUCUUUUUUUUUUUUUUUUUUGUUAUAUUCUUUUUAUUAUUACUAUAUUCGAAUCCAGUGGUACAAAGCAAAGGCAUUCCACAGAGUUUCAGCCCUAAAGGAGGUUGAUUUGAGGUCUUGGCUCUCUCGCCACUUGAACCUCGCUGCAACUUUUUCCGGACUCGCGGGCAGGUAUAUCUAUUAGAGAGGAUGCUGUCCUCCAUCCCUUCACUGUCGACAUCAUAUAUCCGCCACAGCACCGGCCCUUUUGCAGAGCAAACCCUCUUACAAGACCAGCUCGACCAGCUUAACCAGCUUGAGUCGCAGCUGCUUCUCUCUUCCUAUCAACACCACCAACACCAACACCACAACCUCCAGCAAGAACAACAGCAAGAACAACAUCACCACCAGACCUUCAGUGAUAUCAGUGAUAGUCCAUCGUUGACCUUCCCUGUUUACCACAGCUGCUCUACCCCGCCGCCAGAGUCUUCUUCAUCUGCCGUGGCCUCCCCAUACGCCUACGACUCCGCCUCUCCUGUCUUCUCUGUCCAGGGCUCUCCUGAGACCGACUUCAUCUCUUCCUUCUACCACGGCGCAGGCGGCUUUUCUAUGCCCGACGAGAGUUUCCCGCCUCGGGAAGACGGUCUAUCGCAUACUCCACCGCCACCUUCAAUAAAGGUGUUCCAGUCUUCGCCGCAUACCGGCAGCAGUAAUAAUAACAAUAACCACCGCACCACCACUGCUGCCGCUGCCGCGAACAACAACAACAGCAACAACAACCAGAUGCUGUUGCAGUCCGGCCUAUCUUAUGAAGGAGAUCUCCAGACGCUGCUGCCGCCACAACGUAACCGUCACCGUCUCUCUCCCAGAGCAGCCGGCCAGACACCCGGAACCUCAAGCGUCGUUGCAAAACCUCAGCAACAACAACCUCAGCAACAACAGCAUCAGCAACCCGCCCAGCAUAGGCGCACACCAUCCUCCUCCUCCAACAUCUCCCUCACUUCUGGCUACCACAACUACUCAGGUUACGACCAAAGCUCCUCCAAGCCUCUGCCCACCCCCGAGCAGACUCCCGUGCAGGCCUCCUUUCUGGGUCAGCCACAAUUCGCUUCCUACGACCCGUCUCCCUCAUACCGAAAUGCAGGGGACCAUACGGAUAUGGAAAUGGCAAUGAGACGAGCUGUAUUUGAACAGCAGAGACAGCAACAACAACAUCAGCAUCGUCAGCAACAGGCAGCUCACGCUGUUGAGGAAGAAGCAACUACUUUCCCCUCCUACACUCUCCCACCCUCCGUGUCAACACUGAGUCACAACUCGUCAGCCACACCUCAGGGUCACAUGAACGCCCGAGCUAACUCCCCCCGGGAUGCCUCCCCCUGGACCCAGCAGGUCAGCGUCUUCCAGAAUGCUCUUCACCACCCAUCGCAUAUGAAUUCAUCCCUGCGAGGAAUGGAGCUCAUGAGCCACAACGGCCACGAAGAGCAGCCGAAGACCAUAUCACCCAAGGACGCCAUGCUUGAGUUCCACAAGUCUCCCGCGGACAGCAGUAGCAUGCCCCUUUUUCCUUCUCAGGCCGAGGCUUCCCAAUUUGAGGCUGCCGUGGCAACAACACUGGCCAACACCGACUUCUCCAACGAUGCCUUUGCCCCUUUUUCCUCCGCCUCCCAGAAUACACCUCAGCCUUAUUUUCUCGGUCAGACUGCCGGUGCGGACGUACUACAAUACCAGACCAACACUCCCCAACAACAGCACCAGCCCCCACAUCAACAACACCACAGCCACCCUCAGCACCAGCAGAACAGCGCCGAGUUCGCUGCCGCUCUGGCUGGUCUUGACCAGGCCGCUGGCGUCGACCGCAAGAUGCAGGAUCACGACUCGGAUCUGGCUGCCGGCCGACCAGACGACACUGCCUCUGAAGCUGGCACCUACAGCUGUACCUAUCACGGCUGUACCCGGCGCUUUGAGACACCCGCUCGGCUACAGAAACAUAAGCGCGAGGCCCACCGGCAGACUACGCCGGGCUCACACAUGCUCUCGCGUGACAGCUCAACGCUGGGCGCACGCGGACUUAGCGCCCGUAACUCCCAGGACGGACCUCAUCGAUGCGAGCGCACCAACCCAUCGACAGGCAAGCCAUGCAACUCCAUCUUCUCACGGCCGUACGACCUUACGCGCCAUGAAGAUACGAUACACAAUGCCCGCAAGCAAAAGGUGCGCUGCCACCUGUGCACCGAGGAAAAGACCUUCUCGCGCAACGAUGCUCUGACCCGGCACAUGCGCGUCGUCCACCCCAACGUCACCUGGCCGGGUAAGCAGAAGCGAAGAGGUCGUGAGGACUAAACCUCCUUCCCUCAUCUCUUCUCCUCUUUCCCCUUCCUCCCCUGGCUCAUAGCAUUCAUCGAAUUGUGGAUUCCUAUUUUUGCAAAAAUAACCCAAAAAAAAAAAAAGAAGCACCCAACGCACUGCACACCCACGCACACAGGCACACACAUACCCCAUCUCGAGAGCGAGCUUGAAGCUACCUUUCGAGAGCGAGGGUAUGAUGUUUAUUAUGACGUCACAACCACACCCCAACCAAGAAAACCACGCGGUUUUAGAGUUUGGCAGAAUCAAAAGUCGGACCGAAGUGGGGCCUGGCCGAUCGAUCGUCUUGGCAGUGACGUCAUUACUCAAUUAUCCUAUUCUUAGCACCUUCUUUCUCUUUUCGUCGUUUGCAUAUCGGAGUUUCUCUUUCUGGAAAGAAAAAGGAAAUGGAACAAGGAAGGAAAGACGAAGAUGACAUUCUUACACCAAAAUAUUACUACUGCAAUGAAAGAUUAUACUUACCACGAACUCAUACUUAAUUACCUUUUUUGUUUUUUGUUUUUCCAUGUUUUACUUUUUUUUUUCUUUUUCUUACCCUUCCCCUUCCCUUUUUUUUCUCCUACAUGAAGUUGGGCAUGAAACAUGCAUGGAACAUCAUCAUCGACAUGAACAUGGAUUGGUGGAGUUAGUUCGGCGCCGAAGCAAAGGAGACAUGAGAUCGCAGCAAAGAAAAGAAAACAACCAUAAUGAACGAUGACGAGCUCACUCGAACCGCACACCAUACUGUGGUUAAACUUGGAAACUGGCUGGGAUGCGACGCAAUGAAAUUAUGCAAAUGGACGACGAAUGCGUGCAUUGGGCAAUUUGAACGGGGCAUGGAAAACACGGUGAUUUUCGGCAUCUCUUUUGCAUUUGCGUUACUUAGAGGGAAGGGAGCAUUUUGUACGAAUAGGUAUACAAUUACGCAUCAAACUAGCAUUAAUCGACAGCUUUUUUUCCUCACCCUGAAUUGACUUGGUCUUGAGCGAACUUUGUCUUCAUCUGAGUUUUGUCAGAGUCGCUGGUGGUGAUGAUGUAGCAAGCUGUCAUGUAAGUUGUCUCGCGAGCUGGUUGACUCCAGGCGAACCAAGGGCAAGUUGGAAAGCAACCAAGCAACCGAAAGCAAGCUGAGGUGCAAGCUGGCCAGAACGACGCUGACCCGAGG